AAAUGACCAAGAAUUCGACUGUCUCAACCGAUAAAUGAUUUGAUGAUUGCAAGCCACUGCACGAUGCUCGGUUCAUGCUUAACUCGCGGGUCUUUAAGUCGAACGAGACUGGGCUCAUCGACUAUCUUUCAACGUACUCUCUUUGCGCACAUUCCCUCGGACACGAAGUAUAUCUCCUCCACCGCGUGUAGAGUAGCAGAUACGAAUACCAAGGAAGAAGCCUCAUCGAAUACACAAACAUCCAAGGAAACCACACCUGCAGCUGACAAGCCCUCCACCGAGACCAAGUCGAAGAGCGUCUCGCAGGCAGACCAAGAGCUUCGGGAGCGCCUCGAGCAGAUGUCUGGAGGCGGUGGUGCUUCUGGGAUCGAGUACGAGGAUGGCAAGCCCACGGCUAUGAAGCGCAGCGUGCGCAAUAACAUGUUUCGCUAUAUCUGAGAGAGAAGAAGGCUGUGGUUCAGGGCCUGAUGAUUGAGCCUGAAGCGCGCAUGCUUGAUCAAAUGACCCUUUCCCCAUGUGGCAACUAGAGGAUACAGACUCCUGAUGACUUCAUUUACCCAAGACACAACCUGAUAACGAGAAGAUGACACUCUACCUGUAAACCAAGA